AAGAACCAUUAUCAGAAGUAAAGGGCACUAUUAACUACAAUGCAAUGCUCCUGGGCAUUUGUCCUGGCAUUGAGCAUCUGCUUCCAGUUGGGAGCCGGUCACGCUGUGGACCGAAGUUGGGAACUGCCCAAAGUUCGACAUACUGUGGGUGACCUCAGUCAUAUCUGCUUGGGACGUCAAGAGGGCGAUUUGGUGCCACAUCCGUUGGAUUGUAAUGGAUAUUUCUCCUGCUCGCGUGUGCCCACUCUACUCUACUGCGACCAGGGCCUCCAGUUCGACGAGAACCGUGCGGUCUGCGAUCUGCCGGAGAAUACCAACUGCCGUCGCGUAGCCACUGGCACUGUGGAAUCCGCAGGUGGCCUGGCGGAUAACUCCGAGCUCAACUGGUGGCCACACAAGCCGAAGCCCGUCUUUGUGGCCGUCGAUGUGACCAGUGGUCAGCCGGUUAAUCCCAUGGAGAAGUACGAUCCGGAGCACAUCGAGUGCCGUCACUUCGGAGCCUACUUCCUGCCGCACCCCAGAAAUUGUGGACUGUACUUCAUCUGCGCCUACGGCCAUCUCCAUCGUCAUCAGUGUGGGCGUGGCACUGCUUGGAAUUUCGAGAAAUCCGAGUGCCAGUUGAGUGAUCAGGCCAUUUGCUAUGGGGAAUCCCAGAUAUCAGAGCCGCUCACGGAUGUGGAAACCACGGUGAAAGUCCCCACAUCCACAUCCCACAGUGAAGGUGCAGUAACCGUUUGCUAUAUUGUGGGAUCGAGUGAGUACAGCACCCUGCAGCAAUUCCUUACGAGUCCGGAGAUCACCGAGUUGCCUCCUGUGACACCACCAUCUCCACCUCGAGCCGAAGCCAACGCCUUGACCUGCCCGUCCACCAGGCAGAGCUACAUGUCCCAUCCGGAGGAUUGCAGCAAGUACUAUAUCUGCAUCGGAGGAAUGCCAGUGCUCACAUCCUGCCCCAGAGGACUCUUCUGGGAUCAGAAGUCCGGAUUUUGUGAGAUGGAAAAGAAUGUCAAGUGCUUCCAAAAGUGAUUAAUAAACGAGGGGCUCUUUUAUUUUGCAAUAC